UACAAUGAGUGCACCAAAUAAAGCACUAGAACUACAGCUGCAAAUGAAGCAAAAUGCUGAAGAGCUGCAGGAUUUUAUGAGAGAAUUGGAGAACUGGGAGAAAGAUAUUAAAGAAGUGGAUUCUGAACUAAGGAAACGGAGUGGUGUCCCAGAAGAGAAUUUGCCACCAAUUCGAAACAAGGCUUUAAAGAAAAAGAAGAGAAGCAAAAGUAAAGUCCCUUCAAAGAUAACCACAGAGGAAAACAAGAAAAACAAGAUCAAGUCUUAUGAUUAUGAAGCAUGGGGAAAACUUGAUGUGGAUAAAAUACUUGAAGAACUUGAUAAAGAAGAUAGUACUCAUGAUUCUGUAUCUCCAGAAUCAGACUCUGAGGAAGAUGGAAUCCGUAUAGAUGCAAAAAAAGCUCUUGCAGAGAAGGAAAAGGGUAAUAACUACUUUAAACAAGGGAACUUUGAUGAAGCUAUAAAAUGCUACACUAGAGGGAUGCAUUAUGAUCCGUACAAUCCAGUAUUGCCCACAAACAGAGCAUCGACUUUUUAUAGAAUGAAAAAGUUUUCUGUUGCAGAAUCUGACUGCAAUUUAGCACUUGCUUUAGAUAAAAAUUACACAAAGGCUUAUGCCAGAAGAGGGGCUGCUCGGUUUGCUUUGAAAAAUCUUCAGGGUGCUAAAGAAGAUUAUGAAAAGGUUUUAGAGCUGGAUGCAAACAACUUUGAAGCAAAAAAUGAACUGAAGAAAAUUGAUCAGGCUCUGUCAUCAAAAGAAAGUUCAGAACAGAAAGAGUUUGAAGAUGUGGUCAAAUCAGAAUUAACAGAUGAAGAGAAGAAGUGCAUUGAAGACCAGCAGCUCAAGCAAAAGGCUAUUACAGAAAAAGAUCUGGGUAAUGGUUAUUUCAAAGAAGGAAAGUAUGAGACUGCAAUAGAAUGUUAUACCCGUGGUAUAGCAGCAGAUGGCACCAAUGCGCUUCUACCAGCUAACAGAGCCAUGGCCUAUCUAAAGAUUGAAAAAUAUGAAGAGGCAGAAGAAGACUGUACACAAGCUCUGGUUUUGGAUGCCUCCUAUUCUAAAGCCUUUGCCAGAAGAGGAGCUGCCAGAGUUGCUCUUGGAAAGCUAAAAGAAGCUAUACAAGAUUUUGAAGCUGUUCUGAAGCUGGAACCUGGAAAUAAACAAGCAAUAAAUGAACUCACUAAAAUAAGAAAUGAAUUAGCUGAAAAAGAACAGCAGACUCAUCAAGAAUAUCCCGCAGUAUUGAUAAAAGAAACAGAAAUAAAAAAUAUAGUAAAAGUGAUUGAUAAUCCGUUACUCCUGAAAUCAACAAAGCCUUUGCAAAGAAUAGCCAUUGAAGAAAUUGAUGAUGACACACCAGACUGUGAUUUACCCAGCACUACUUCUUCAGUCAGUAACUGGAGGAAUUCAAUGAAUGUUGAAACAACAGAGAAACUAGAUCAGGAUGAUCAAUUUACUUCAAUGGACAUUCCAAAAGCAAAGCACUUGAAAAUAGAAGAAAUCAGUGAUGCGUCACCAUUGCAGCUUCCUGCUAGCGUGAAAGGAAUUUCAUCAGUGUUGCAUCCAUCUUUCCCUGUGAACAAACAGAGAGAAAAAGAAAUCAGAAGGUCAUUUGGAUCUGCUUUUCCAGUCCCUGCUGUUCCUGCAAAUUCUUUCCAGCUUGAGUCUGACUUCAGGAAGUUGAAAGAUUGCCCAGAAAUUAUGUACUUGUACCUGAAGCAAAUAGAACCUUCGCUUUAUUCAAAACUGUUCCAGAAAUCCUUAGAUCCAGACUUGUUUAACCAGAUACUGAAAAUUCUACAUGAUUUCUACAUUGAGAAAGAGGAGCCAUUGCUCAUUCUUGAAAUCCUCCAGAGGCUAUCUGAAUUAAAAAGAUUUGAUAUGGCAAUAAUGUUUAUGUCAGGCUCAGAGAAAAAAAUUACACAGGCAUUGUUCAAUCACGUGAACCACAUGGGAUUGAAAGAUAUUUCUGUUGAAGAUUUGGAGAAGAAAUAUGGCAUUUUCUCUUAGUGAGAUGGCUGAUGUGAAUUUCUGUUUCUGCACUUCUUUCAUGUGAAGUCAGCUGAAGAAGCCCAUAAAGACUGGAAUUUUGUUGCUUUUGUAUAAGUAAUGAAACUUUUAAACUUGGUUUAGCCAAAUGGCAAGUGCCUGAGGAGAUAAUUACCUAGUUCUGCAAGUACAUUUGCUUUCCAGCACCUAAAAUAAUACAGAUCUACUUUGUCUUCAGUGGAAUCUAAAAAACAGUUGGGCAGAUUGGCAUUCAGGAUUUGGACUGUAGAUAGAGAUCUUUAUUAAAAGCAAAAAAAAAUAUAUAUAUAUAAACAUGUCUUUGGUAAGAAUCAGAUGGUGUAUAUUAAAAAUGAGCAUGGUUUUUUAUUUUAGAAAAUAAACUGAACAUUGAAUUGAA